AUGUUCAUGUGUGGUUUUGUACAGCUCGAUCUCAAGAUUCCCGAACACGAUACGAGCGACAGCUCUUUACUAGAUCAAUCAAUGGAGGAUUUAAAAUUUUUCGGCGGAUCGGAGUGCUGCUGAGCCCUAGUGUGUUCUCCCCGUUUUGGCCUUGCCGGUUGCCGCGGGGCGGCGGGGCCUCUCUAUAUAUAGCGCCCCGGUCUCGCCGCAUUGCUUCGUCACUCGAGCUCGAGCGAUCCCACUCCCGAUCAGCAGCUGAUCGCUCACUCUUGCAGCUCGAUCAUUCUUUAGCUGCUCUAGCUCUAGCCCUAGCUAGUAGCUAGCCACUCGGUCGUGUAGUCAUCAGCCUUCUGAUCGUCACCCAUGGCCACUGCCGAGCCUCCUGCGUUAAUAACCACGGAGGAUGCUAAGAUUAAUUUGUACUCGCGCCGUGCGUGCACGUGUGCGCAGGUCCAGACCCCGACCGUCGUGGCGACCGAGGAAGCGCCGGCGGUGGAGACCCCGGCUCCGCCCGCCGUCGUGCCCGAGGAGGCUGCCCCCGCCGCCGAGGCCAAGGUGGAGGAGCCAGCUGCCCCGGCGGAGACCGAGCCAGCUGCCGCCGCUGAGCCCGAGGCGGCCCCCGUGGAGGCGGAGGAAGAGACGCCAAAGGAGGCGGAGCCGGAGCCGGCGGCGGCUGGAGAGGUGAAGGAGGAAGCGGCAGCGCCCGCUGCCGAGACAGAAGCAGAACCAGCAGCCGCUGAGCCCGAGGCUGCUGCUGCGGAGGAGGAGCCCGCGGCGGCCGAGCCGGCCGCUGAGGAGCCCGAGAAGGCCGAGCCGGCCGCUGAGGUGGCCGAGAAGGCCAGCGAGUGAGGCCGUGCGCCGUGCGCGCACUGCGGCGGCGGACAGCGGGUCGGGAGAUCGAUGGCUCAGCGCGCGCGCGCCUACAUGGCACGGGCUUGCUGUUCAGUACAACGCGAACGUGACGGUUUCUCUCCAUCUCUGUGUGUGUGACAGUGUGUCGUAGCUAUAGCAGUGGCUGUCGCGUGGACUGCCCGGUGCGGACUGCGAGUGACAUGGGCUAAAUAAAGUGUGCGUCGUCUGGUCUGGUGGUGGUAGUGGGGCGCGGUGCCCCAUGUGUGCCGCUGCAGCUUGUGUCUCUGUUUUGCUUCAUGUUCUCUGUCUAUCUACUCUCAUGUAUGGCAGUUUGGGUGAUCUUCUUUAUAGAUGCAGCCAGUUGUUCAUCGGCAAA